AUGUCAAGUACUUCACUGAUACCACGCAGUCGUCAGCCGUCACCAACCAUCACCACCACCGCACGAGCAGAGGAUUCGGCCGCGACAGCCGCAGGUCGGACAGCCUUGAGCAGCGGGAGUGGCGGAGGAGGAAGCAGCAACACGUCACCACCAAAACAUGCCGCAACCCCACCAUCGUCCAUGGCCUCGUCCUCCUCCGCUCCGGUAGAUGACGACAACGACCACGAUGGCGACUUCUUUGCCCGCAACAAGCUCCAUGCAAUGGACAAGCUCAUGUGCGACGACAUCGCGCAGAGCCUGCUGGCGGCGAGCGGCUACGAGCGAAGCGUCGGGCACUACGCGUGGCAGGGGUGGUGCAGUUAUUCGGUGUUGCUGACGAGGCGGAAACGGGGGGAGCAAGGGAAGGAAGGAGGAGAAGGAGGAGGAGGAGAAGAAGAAGAAGAAGAGCGAGACGAUUACGGAUCCGCCGUCCUUGUCCAGUUCCGCCCUCCCCGCCACGCAGUCGACUCGGACGUGCUGGACCUCGCGCGCGCCAUCUACGGCGCCGCGCUUGUGCCAAGGUUGGUGUAUGCGGGGACGGUGGCGCUCUGGCCGAGGGCGGUGUCGCCGGCGAGGGAGCUGGCAGCACUUGAUUGUCGUCGUCGUCGCCGCCGCCGCCGCCGCCGUCGUCAUGCGUCUACUGCUUCGGAUUCCGGUUCCGCGGCUGCUACUGCCGGUGAUGUUGGCUCUGCCUCUGCCACCAAGAGUACACGAAGUAGCAACGAAGAAGAGGAAGAGGAAGACGACGACGACGACGACGACGACGACGAAAACCACGAGCAACGCCUCUGCCUCCACCCUGCACCUACCCAUCUAGACAUAACAGCCACAACGCUCCUCCCGGGCCUCCCCUACGCCGCGGCGCAGCCCCGCCCCUCCCGCUCCCACCACCAUCAUCACCAUCACCACCACCACCACCACCGAGGCGAACCCCCCUCCUCCUCCUACCCCCCCUCCUGUCCCCCACUCCCACCAACCGACCUCCACCGCCAACAAACCCUCAUCCGCGACUUCGCCGCCUUCAUGGCACGAGGCUGGACCCACCGCCACGCCAGCACCGCGUCCAUCGCAUCCACCGCACCCUCCUCCUCCUCCCCCCCUUUCCCCUCCCCCCGUUCCUCCCCAACAACAAAAACAACACCACCACCACCACCACCAUCAAAACCACCAAUCUCCACAUCCUCCCUCCUGACCACCGCCCCCCGCCCUCCCUCCCUCCACGCCCGCACCCCCGCCAAACUCGCCCACCUCGCCGCGCACCUCCCCACCCCGGCCCUGCGCCGGCGCGCCGCGAGCGCGUGGCGGGCGUGGCUGGAUGGAGGGCUGGAUGGGGAGGAUGACGAUGACGAUGACGACGACGAGCAGCAGCGGAAGCGACAUCAUCCGCGUCCGCUCGUGCCGCUGACGCUCAAUCAUGGGGAUCUCGUGCCGGGGAAUCUGUUGGUGUUUGGUGAUGGUGAUGGGGAGGGGGACGAUGCGGGGCGGUUGGCUGGGGUGGUGGACUGGGCGGAGGCGGAGGUGGGGCGGUGGGGGGUGGGGUUGUAUGGGGUCGAGUUUUUGGUGGGGUUUGUUUCGUCGGUUUCGUCGUCGUCGUCGUCGUCGUCGUCCGGGGCCGGGUCUGCUCGGGUGGAGGAGGGGGAGGAGGAGCGGAAUUUCGGCGGCGGGGUGGCGUGGGGGGCGGAGGCGGUGAGAGGGGGGACUGGGGGAGGGAGGGGGACGGAGAAGACGUUUGAGUGGACGUAUUAUGCGGAGGCGGGGGGGCUGAGGCGGCUGUUUUGGGAUGAGGUGGAGAGGGGGGUGGGCGGGGAGUUGAGGGAGCCGGGGGUGCGGGAGGCGGUGGGGGUGGUGAGGGAUGUGGGGGUUUUGUUGUGGUUUGGGUUCGCGUGGGAUGAGGGGAGGAUUGAUAGGGUUGUCAAUGAGGUGGAUGAUCCGAGGGAGGUGCUGUUGUUGAAGACGUUUUUGGGAGUGGGCGACGAGGACAGUGUGGGGCGGGAGAAGGCAAGAUUGUGA